AUGGCUUCUUUCUCUCUGAAGUCAUUCUUCCAUCUCGCGAUCACCAUCUGGCUUUUCUCCGAUCCAGCAUUAGCCAAGCGUGCGGGCAUGACAAGGCACUACAAAUUUGAUAUUAAAAUGAAAAAUGUGACAAGAUUGUGUCAAACAAAGAACAUUGUGACUGUUAAUGGGCAGUUUCCAGGUCCAACUAUCACUGCCAGGGAAGGCGACAGAGUGAUAGUUAAAGUAGUUAACCAUGUUCAGUACAAUAUUAGCAUUCAUUGGCACGGAGUCCGGCAGCUGAGGAGCGGUUGGGCCGAUGGACCGGCUUAUAUCACACAGUGUCCUAUACAGACUGGCCAGAGUUAUGUCUACAAUUUCACCAUUACUGGCCAAAGAGGAACCUUAUUUUGGCAUGCCCAUAUUUCAUGGCUUAGAGUCACUCUCUAUGGACCUAUAGUCAUUCUUCCAAAGAGAGGAGUUCCCUAUCCAUUUCCACAACCCUUCAAAGAAGUCCCUAUCAUUUUUGGUGAAUGGUGGAAGGCAGAUACAGAGACAAUUAUUAACAAAGCCAUGCAAACAGGAGGUGCCCCAAAUAUUUCUGACGCCUAUACCUUUAAUGGUCUUCCAGGACCUUUGUACAACUGCUCAUCCAAAGAUACCUUCAAAUUGAAGGUGAAACCAGGGAAGACGUACCUUUUAAGAUUAGUCAAUGCUGCACUGAAUGAUGAAUUAUUCUUCAGCAUUGCGAACCACAACCUCACCGUAGUCGAAGCCGAUGCUGUCUAUGUAAAACCAUUCAAGACAAACAUUGUUCUCAUAACACCCGGCCAAACAACAAAUGUACUUCUCAGAACGAAACAUCAUCAUCCUAACGCAACCUUCCUCAUAGCGGCCCGGCCUUAUGCCACUGGCCCUGCUGCAUUCGACAAUUCAACCACCGCAGGAAUUCUCGAAUAUCAUACACCGUCAAACACCACCAAGAAUAUUAAAAAACUCCCCCUCUUGAAACCGAAACUUCCAAUUUUCAAUGACACUACAUUUACAACAAGUUUCAUCAAGAAAAUCAGGAGCUUAAAUAGUGCAAAAUUCCCAGCAAAAGUCCCUCAAAAAGUUGAUAAACACUUUUUCUUCACAGUAGGGUUAGGUUUAAAUGCAUGUCCUAAGAACCAAACAUGCCAAGGACCCAACAAUACAAUGUUGGCAGCUUCUGUUAACAAUGUCUCAUUUGUAAUGCCAAGUACAGCCCUUCUUCAAGCUCAUUUCUCCAACCAAUCAAAAGGGGUGUACACAACUGAUUUUCCAGCGAACCCGCCUUCCAAUUUCAACUACACUGGCACGCCGCCCAACAACAUUAUGGUGACUUCCGGCACGAAGGUUGUGUUACUUCCCUUUAACACUAGUGUGGAGUUGAUUAUGCAGGAUACAAGCAUAAUCGGUGCAGAAAGUCACCCGCUCCACCUCCAUGGGUUCAAUUUCUUUGUUGUGGGUCAGGGUUUUGGAAACUACAACUCUAAAACGGAUCCGGCCAAGUUCAAUUUGGUCGACCCGGCUGAAAGGAAUACCGUUGGUGUGCCCUCCGGCGGCUGGGUGGCUAUUCGUUUUCUUGCGGACAAUCCAGGUGUAUGGUUCAUGCACUGUCACUUGGAAGUCCACACAAGCUGGGGAUUGAAAAUGGCAUGGAUUGUAAUGGAUGGAAAGCGCCGCCACCAGAAGUUGCCGCCUCCACCGUCUGAUCUUCCCAAAUGUUGA